AUGCACGCUGAGAAUGUCUGGAAAUGGCUUGAUGCCGUCGACCAAGACAAUCUCGAUCCUCUGGAUCAGUGGGGUGUGCCACCGCUGCGAUGCCCCCAUCAGGAUACACCACCUCCAUCCAACAGUGUCUCUGACGGUGGUGAUAUGGAAACAUACCAGCAAUACAACAACAAGCGCAACGCAGAGGUAGCGAGUUUCUUAGAAUCCAUCCCCCCCGCGGGGAUCCUCUUGCGUAACGGAAGCAUCAGAGUUACCAGCCAAAAUCCAAAGGUUUUCGCAUGUGAUGUGGAGAACGACAACCAUCCUCAGUCGUUGCUACCUGGCUUUCCUACAAGUUUCGCACGCGUUGUGGAAAACAAGGAUCAUUCUCAGUCGUUCAUCCCUGGCUUCGCUACAAGUUUUGAGGCAACAGGUCAACAGACUGACGCUUCUCCUGCCCGCCAACUACAAGUUUCAGGGAGAGAAGGCAACAGCGAAUCUACCAACCCAAAACGGCUGCCAACAUUUUCUGAGCGAGCUCGCGUGGGUGGUCCCUCAGGGGCCUUGUAUUCAACCCCAAUCAUCCACGUUGAAGUCAAAGACUCCGUGGCUAUCAACUGCCAAGGUGCAAAAGUCGUAGGAGAGUAUCAGCAGAACGGUCUUCGAGGUCUCCCGAGUAUGGCGGAGAAGUCACGGAGGAAUAGCACCUUUGGUGAAGGAGUGCUACAUCGAAACAAUGCUACCAGGAGACUCUCCAAUGUACGUGCAGGGCCCAAGAACCUAAUCUCUUUGUUCACGCGACACUCCGAGACGACGGGCCCCUAUAUUCUCGGCCUUCGUCGAGCUUCUUUCCCUCUCCAGCAUCUUCUCGUCUCUUACUUACACCAACGGCGCAAGAGCGACUCUCGAAUACAUACUCUCCAAACGUCGAGAAGCUCGCACAACAUUUCUCGUAGUAGCGCAAAUACCAUGUCGCUCUCCACAAGCUCGUCACAGCAAGUCACAGCAAGCCAAACGACUAUGUCAAUGACUCAAAAGCUCCGAGGCGUAGCCAGCAAGAUCUUCCAAAAGAUGAAGCUUCCCAAGAGCAAAGAGGAUAGAAAUUUCGAGGAACUCGGUUCCACCGAAAUAGAAGUGGCGAGGUUUGCGACCUUCAUACGUCCAACAGCGGCCCCUCAAAUUGUCGACCUCCAGGCGAUAAGGCAAAACAACCGUCCACAACCUGCACGUAUAUACACGCAUGAUUCUAUUGUGCCGCGCUCUCAAGCAGAUCUCAACAACCCUGAGCUUCACCUUCAGAGAUCCUUUGAGACGAUGCACUCGCCGACAGAGACGGGCACGCCGCUACGUAGGAAUCCGCAGCAGGUCUUCGUGUUUGAAGCGACGUCUGACCACUCGGCUACGGCUGCCUUGGACGACAUCGUGGAUUACGCAGAUUAUGAAAAACUUGAUGACGAUGACUCGGACCUGGAUUGGAGCCUGCUAGAUCUCCCAGAAAAUGUCUACGGCAGACUGGCAAAUGAGAGCCGCAAUAGCUUGAUAUAG